AUGAUCCCACAACAUCACCCUCAUCCACACGAUUACAAUUCCUGGUCAUACAUUCGGGCACUCUUAGAUUCUUCCAUCGCCACGCCUGCCAUUUCGAAUUCAGUUGAACAAGUCACACCUCAACCACCUACUAGUGCCGGUGCAAGUGCAUUGGGAGGUGAUAUACCUCCCAACGUAGAUGAUAUGUUCCAGACUGAGACUGGUUUGGAAGGUGAUGAUGAGGAUGACGAUGAUGGUGACAUGACUGAAGGACCAACGGGCAAGAGGCAGAGGGGAGAAGCAGGACCAAGCGGAUUUACUUACGUCGAGAAAGAUGGUGAACCAAGUAGAAGAAAGAUCAAGAUUGAAUAUAUCAAUGACAAAUCAAGAAGACAUAUCACCUUCUCCAAGAGAAAAGCUGGUAUCAUGAAGAAGGCCUACGAGUUGUCCAUCCUUACCGGUACACAGGUGUUACUUCUCGUUGUAUCCGAGACUGGAUUGGUGUAUACAUUCACUACCACCAAGCUUCAACCGCUUGUACAGAAACCAGAAGGAAAGAACUUGAUCCAGGCAUGUCUCAACGCUCCCGAUGGGUUCGGUCCAGAUGGUCAACCACUAGGCGGACCAGUCGCGCCCACCAAGGCCAAGAACGGUGGACUUGCUAUUCGACCUCACAAACUCACCGCAGCGGCAUCAGCAGCGAUGGCCGCUUCUGCUCAAGCCGCAUCCGAUGAGCACGCUUCGCACAAUCAAGCUCAACCCCAGGGUCAAGCUCAAACACACGCUCAAGCUCAAGCCGAUGCUGCCGCUUCGAUAGGUCAAGGUACUCCUGUGUCUGCCAGACCUAAAAAGAGAUUACCAAGUAAGAAGAGACAAGCGUCUUCAAGUCAAUCGCAACAGCCUGUGUUACCCGAAUUGGACAUCCCACCUGUACCUCAAAUUCCAGACAUACAUCGACAGGCUUCGCCCAAUACUCAGGGACAUCCUUCAUCCGGUGGCAUUAUCGAUCCAUCUUUACAUUCACCCUUAUCAGCUGGUUUCCACAUGCCACCGGAAUAUCAGAACCAACAAGGUGGUCCACCCGGACAAGGAGGAUUGAGUCCUAAUCCCCAUCAUCAAUAUUAUCAACCACCUCAUCCACCACCCCAACAACAGGGACCAGAAGGUUACCCUUACUAUGCUCCGCCACCGCAACAUCCUCAUCAACAACAUCAACAUCCCGGGUAUAUGAAUAUGCACCAUCAUCAGAUGUUCCAGCAACAACCACAUUUGAGAGGAUGA